UUUCCAUUUCCACCAUCGCCAUAUAUUCUCUAUCUGGAACGACGUACUUCAUCAAUGGAAGGCCAAGAUCAACCAUCAUCCCCACCACGACCAACGCCAGGACUGUUUCCAACCCAAAGUCCUCCUUUCCUCUUCAGUACACCCUCACUCAUCCCUUCCUCCUUCUCAUCCUCAUUAAUGCACCCUCCUUUAGACCCUCAUCAUGACCAAGUUCUUGAUCCAGAAAUAUUCGACUGGGUCAGCCAGCUUCUCUCUGGAGUUGAUCAAGAUCAAGCUGUGUUCACUGAAAAUAUCAAGCCAAUGAGGGAAAGUGCUUCCUCAAUAAUGGCUGAAAAUGGGGAUGUGGAAGAAAAGGGUGAUUACAAGGAUAAGAGAAAAGUUGGUAGGAUGAAAAAAGCUGCAACACGACCUAAGUUCGCGUUUCAGACUCGGAGUACGGACGAUAUUCUCGAUGAUGGGUACCGGUGGAGAAAAUAUGGACAGAAAGCUGUGAAGAAUAGCAUUUAUCCCAGGAGCUAUUAUCGAUGCACACAUCAUACAUGCAAUGUGAAGAAACAAGUCCAACGGCUAUGCAAGGACACGAGCAUUGUUGUGACGACAUAUGAGGGCAUUCACAAUCAUCCCUGUGUGAAGAUGAUGGAAACCCUAACUCCUAUUCUGAAGCAAAUACAGUUCCUCUCUAGGUUUUAAGCUGAUCACUACAUGAGUACAACAAUGCAACAUGUAGAAUUAUGAUCAUCUUUAUUCUCAACGUGAUUUCCUAGUUAUAACCCCAAACGUCACACGACGUGCAUUCUAAUUCUAUCAGUACUACUUCAGCUUGUAUAAGAAAUUUGGUUUAUAUAUGAUCACGAAGCAAAUAUAUGUAUGUGAAAGGUUUAGUGAGGAAAGCGUUUUGGUCAAGUACUUAGCCAAAAUGCGUAUAUUGAUGUCACUUAAAAACUAGUUUACAAAGAUCAAGUUAUUUAUGAUAA